GGGGCGAUGCAAAGCUCAUAAGUAUAAUAGAACUAGCAUCUUAGUCUUUCGUAGUAAACUUACCACCAGGUCGGACUUCUUUUUUCCUGUUAAACUUACUUCGCCCACUUAUAUUUGUCAUUCAAAUUCAUUAUGACGCUAAAUUUGUCCGGUAGUUCUACAACGUUAUUUCAUGAAGCUUCUCAGCAGAAUGUGUCGCAAACGAAAUUGGUGGAAAAAGAGACCAUGACGCAAAAACUGUUAACACAAAAGGCACAAAACUCGCAGACUAACAAUAAGUACGAAUGGAAGAUCGUCUGGAAAAACGUGAUAUCUAUUGCCUACCUUCAUAUUGGAGCAUUGUAUGGAGUGUAUCUUUUAUUCACGGUUGCCAAAUUAUACACGUUUCUUUGGAGUGUAGCAUGGAGUAUCAUUUCGGUUUUGGGUGUUACAGGAGGUGCCCAUAGAUUGUGGGCUCAUCGAACUUAUAAGGCAAAAGUGCCGUUGAGAGUUAUUCUUAUGAUUUUACAGACCGCUGCUUUCCAAAAUCACAUUUACGAAUGGGUAAGAGAUCACAGAGUGCACCAUAAAUUUAUGGACACGGAUGCGGAUCCGCAUAAUUCGAAGAGAGGCUUCUUCUUCUCGCACGUAGGCUGGCUGUUGAUCCGCAAGCAUCCGGACGUUAUUAGUAAGGGAGCCACGGUCGAUUUAAGUGAUCUCGAAAAGGAUCCUGUCGUCGUCUGGCAACGCAAGUAUUACGCUAUCAUAAUGCCUCUUUUCUGCUUCGUGAUGCCCAUGUGCAUACCAGUCUACUUUUGGAACGAGAAACCUGUGUACGCGUGGUACGUUGCCCUUUUGUCAUACAUAAUACAGGUGAACGGAACUUGGUGCGUAAAUUCCGCGGCCCAUCUUUGGGGUAUGAAACCGUACGAAAAGACCAUUAGCGCCACCGACAGUUCUCACGGAGGUUUUGUCGGUGAGUUCUGGCACAAUUACCAUCACGUGUUCCCGUGGGAUUAUAAGGCCGCCGAAUUAGGUCGCUAUCGCGUAAACUUCACCUGCGCUGUUAUCGACUUUUUCGCCUGGCUCGGCUGGGCGUACGAUCUGAAGACCGUGAGACAUGACUUAAUAAAGAAACGUGCAGCCCGAACAGGUGACAAUUCGAUAUAUGAGCUACAGAGUGAUCUUAAUGAUGAGUGUCAUCAUACGCAAGAGAAAAUAGUAUGGGGAUGGGAUGACGCCGAUAUGUCAUUGGAGGAUAAGCAGGGAGCGGAGAUUCUCAAUGAGGAAUCCCGAGAUUAAAUUCCUAAAAAUUUUGUACGUAGCAUUACAGAAUUACGUAGAAAGUAUCGUCCGACAUACGUUUGGGUGUACAAAAGUAAUGCGCGGUAUAUUCAUAAUCAUAUCGGUGAUUGAUGGUAAAAGGUUAAUACAUAUCGUUAUACAUGUGAGGUAUCGUAAUCAUUUGUUAUAGAGAUUUUGUAUUUAUGAUUAUGGCGAUCGUGUACCUGCAUGUCUCUGGUAAGGAACAGCUCGGCCAUGACACUAGCCGCCCGUAUUGGAGACGGCCAUUUUGUGAAAAAUAAAUGGAGAAAAUGUCACCAUGGAUAUUUCACGGAAAUUAAUAACAGGUAUAAUAUCCGUCUUAAUAAUUUCUAAUUUUUCACAAGACGCUCGUCUUUAAUGAGUGCGGCUAAUGUCGUAGUCAGACUUACUUAUCAGAAACGUUGAUGUUACGGACGUGUUCCCAUGCCCUCUCAGUACCAUUGACAGUACUUCCAAUAUUCUCGAGCAUUUAGUAUGAAAGAAAAGGUGUGAAUAGUUGCAUCUAGAAAAGCAUAACUGCGAUGUUAUUACGAAGGAUACUGAGGUUUCAUUUGGGAAUAAAUUUCUCAGAAGCUGAAUACAAUAAUAGCGUCCACUACUGCAUGGCAGUAGUACUGAGAGAAAGUGGGAACACACCCUACAUUUAUUGGAUGUUAUCUAUGUUACAAAGUCUUGUUGUAUAUCAUUGGGUAGGAAUGAAGGUAUUGUUACGCUUAGUAUAUUCGGUCAGACUUGAAGACGGAGCUGUUUCCUUGGCAAUAGUUGUUAUUAAGACAACCGUUCGUUGAUUUGGUGCUCAGCUUACGUUUACGAGCCGCUGUAAUAUUUCUCUGUGAAAUAAACAGGUUUACUGUAAAA